AUGUCGUCCUUCUCGCGCAACCUCCUCCGCACCGCGGGCAAGGCCAAGAGCCUUCCCGCCUACUCGCGCAACGCCAUCCCCUCCUCUUCGCGCUUCGUCCAGCUCACCGCCGAGGCCUCGCGUCCCAAGCAGGACCUCCCCGAGUCGCGCUCCGAAAAGUUCACGGUCGACCUCAACGAGGACUCGUUCAAGGGCUACAAGUUCGAUGUUCCCAAGCUCGAGUGGGAAACCUCCAAGGAUGAGCUCGUCCACCUCUACGAGGAGAUGGUCAAGAUGCGAAGAAUGGAGAUGGCCGCCGACCAGCUGUACAAGCAGAAGCUCAUCCGCGGAUUCUGCCACUUGGCCAUCGGUCAGGAGGCCGUCGCCGUGGGCAUGGAGGCCGGCAUGAAGCCUUCCGACAAGCUCAUCACCGCUUACCGCUGCCACCCCUUCACCGUCCAGAAGGGUGGUUCGAUCAAGAGCGUCAUCGCCGAGCUGUUCGGUCGCGAGGCCGGUAUCUCCAAGGGCAAGGGUGGAUCCAUGCACAUGUUCACCCCGACCUUCUUUGGUGGUAACGGUAUCGUCGGUGCUCAGGUGCCCGUGGGGGCCGGUAUCGCCUUUGCUCAGCAGUACCUCAACACCAACGACGCCACCUUCGCCAUGUACGGCGACGGCGCCUCCAACCAGGGUCAGGUCUUCGAGGCGUACAACAUGGCCAAGCUGUGGAAUCUCCCCGCUGUUUUCGUUUGCGAGAACAACAAGUACGGCAUGGGCACCUCCGCGGAGCGAUCGUCGAUGAAUACGGCCUACUACACUCGUGGUGACGUGAUCCCCGGUCUUCAGGUCAACGCCAUGGACGUCCUCGCCGUCGCAGCCGCUACCAAGCACGCCUCGGAAUUCACCCUCGGCGGCAACGGCCCCUUGCUCAUGGAACUCGUCACCUACCGCUACGGUGGUCACUCCCUCUCCGACCCGGGCACAACCUACCGCACUCGCGACGAGAUCCAAACCAUGCGUUCCAGCUCCGACCCCAUCCAGGGCCUCAAGACGCGUCUCCUCGAUUGGGGCGUCGUCGAGGAAGCCCAGCUCAAGAAGAUCGACAAGGCCGCCAAGGAGGAGGUCGACCAGGCCGUCGAGGAGGCCAAGCAGAGCCCCGAACCCAAAGAAUCGACCCUCUGGGACGACAUCUACUACCCCGGCACCGAACCCGAUUGGCAGCGCGGCCGUGACAGGACCGAGAUUCACCGCUACCGUUAA